AUGUAUCUACCCUCUCCCACAUACUCUUUCACCAUUCCUUCACUUCACGAUGACACUCAACUCGACUGUCGCCUUUAUCUUCCCCGUACUCCGUUGCAGUCAGAAACUAUACGAGGGGCUAUAGUCGCACAUCCAUAUGCUCCCCUCGGUGGGUGUUACGACGAUCCAGUCGUAAGCUUUGUCGGAGGCGAGCUUUUGAGGAGUGGAUAUAUCGUGGGUACAUUCAAUUUUCGUGGUGCCGGUACUUCAGAAGGACGGACUAGUUGGACCGCGAAGCCCGAAUUAGCAGAUUAUGUGUCCUUCUACGGAUUCAUGCUGUGCUACUUGCAUUCCUUGAGGUCGCAAAAGGUUUCACGUCGAGGGGAUGGAAGUAUCCCAAGUGGGCCCAGUGUUGAGGGCCCUGAUGCGCAGUCUACACUUGCCCGAGCAGAUAUCCAUCUCAUACUCGGUGGUUAUUCCUACGGCUCAUUAAUUGCAUCACAUCUUCCCUCACUUGAUGUCGUCGCGGAUAUCUUCAAAAAUAUCACCGUUAGUACACAGGCAUAUGGAAUCCUCCAAAGUGCAGCGAAAGUUUCGGCUCUGCUCGAGGCCAAUGACUCAACCCAGGAACGAAACUGGGCAACAGAAGACCACCUGGUCAUGGAAGAACCGCUGGAUAUUUCAGGAACAACAAUUUCAUACCUUCUCAUGUCGCCCCUCUUGCCGCCACUCAAUCUGCUCCUAACGUUCUUCUCAACAAUGUCCUUGGAUAUUGGGGCUCACAGUCCAGCUCAACGGAGACAGAUUCCAUGCCCCAAGCCAACUCGUCAGCUAUGCGCCCAUCCGACUCUAGCUAUUUACGGAAAUCAGGACAGCUUUACAUCUUCAAGUAAAUUAAAUAAAUGGUCAGACGAACUGUCGCAUGUGCCCGGGGGUCAAUUUCAAUCGGCCGAGAUUGACGGAGCUGGACAUUUCUGGAGAGAGAAUGGGGUCGAGUCGCAGGCAAGAGAUGCACUGGGAAAGUGGUUGCGUCUGAUACCUUGA